UACACGCACGGCGAGGCGAACCAACACGCACCCGAGGGUGUGCUUGUGAGAGGGAAGGUGCGCUGCGACCACCAGCCAGCAGAAGGCCUCGUCACGGCGGGGUUUCGUAAGCAGGGAGCAGGCCGCCGUUCACUCGUCGGGCGGCAGCAGCAGCCGUGGUCUUGAAAUCUCCGUGCGUUCGGGAACCCGAGCCAACCAGCGGCCAUGGAUUGCCCGCACAUCGUCGAAAAUGUGUCUCUCGGCAAAGAUUCGGUGCGGGCGGCCAAAAGUGCGGGGAGCGGCACCUCCGUCGCGGGAGAAUCGCCGUCGUCGGAAAUCUGCCUAGCCUCGUCGACGCUUUCUGCGCCAGCUGCUGCCAACGGCCCUGGGCCGCUGCCGGACGGGGCAGCCCUUGCCUUGGGCGAUGAUCUAUUGACCGCCUCUACUGCGUCAUCUCCUACGGUACCUGCGAGACACUGGAAAUGCUCAGAAUGCUCCAUCAAUAAAGACAACUGGAUGUGUUUACAAUGUGGUGUGGUGCUCUGUGGCCGGUACGAUAACGGACACGCUCUGAAGCACUCGAAUGGCAAUCGAAACCAUAACAUUUGCAUGAAUACCGCCAACCAAUCAGUAUACUGCUACAAAUGUGAUGAAUUCGUGAUAAACGACACUGUCGGGAACUCGAUAGAUGAGAUUCGGCAAGAGCUGAAGGACGGUCAGGGAGACCAGAUGGACACGAUCUCCGAGACGUCUUCCACGCUGGAAGAGAUUAGCUCGUCGAAAUCGAUACAAGAAACGGCCAGCACAUCGUCGUCCAGUGACUCCGGCUGGGAGGAACCAUCGCCCACGGCCCUGGCCGCGCCCACCCCUUCCCAUCCCACCUCGGUAACUAGUGCGCGCAAGUUGCGGCCCAGAAAGCGCACCAUUUCUAGCGACAGCAACAACGAAAAUGGUGCCACGACAGCCAAGCGGAAGUCGAUGCGGCGCGUCGUCGGACUGCGGAAUCUGGGCAACACUUGCUUUAUGAACUCAGUAUUACAGUCGCUGAGCAACAUACAGGAGUUUAGCUGCUACUUCAAUACGAUGCCUGCGCUGGAGGCGAAACACAAGCAGAAGGCUUACCACUCGCGCAGCAUGAAGGACGCAAUGGAUGAUGUUUUUGUUGUGGAGGAACUGCGGAAGGUUUUGCUGAACCUUAGCCAAGGUGGCGAUGGAACGAAGGGGGCAAUCUCACCCGAAUGCCUUUUUCUGGUCAUCUGGAAGGUAGUUCCCCAGUUUCGCGGACAUCGGCAGCAUGAUGCGCACGAGUUUCUGCGCUACAUGCUCGACCGAUUGCACACCGAGCUACAGCAAGUGUCGUUUCCGGUCGAGCUUGCGAAGUCGGGCGAAAGCAAGAACCCCUACAACGUGUCCGGGCUGAGUCAUUUGCAGGCCAAGGGACGCAACUCGAUCGUGACGAACGUGUUCGGUGGGGUCUUGCAGAGCGAGGUGCGCUGCCUGAUCUGCGGGAUGGAGAGCAAAAAGCACGACCCGUUCCUCGAUCUGUCGCUAGACAUUCCGGAAAAGUACUACAGUAAGGAACACGGCCCCAUUGAGAGCGGCGGUGCCAGUGGUGAGGCUACGGGUAACGGGUCAGCACCGGUUUGUCACAUUUCCGAUUGUUUAUCCAGUUUCACGGAGGUCGAAGAGUUGGCAGAAACUGAACUGUACUAUUGCAAUUCGUGCAAAUGCAAACAGAAGUCAACGAAACGGUUCUGGAUUCGCCGACUGCCGAAUGUGUUAUGUUUGCAUAUCAAACGCUUUCGAUGGAACAACUUCUACCGAACCAAAAUUGACCUGAGAAUAGCAUUCCCCAUCAACGCGCUCGAUAUGUCACAGUUUGUGUUAAAUAAUGGACCGGAAACAAGACGCUCCAAUUCCAGCUGUAACAUCUACGAUCUAGCUGCCGUUAUCGUUCAUCACGGCAAUGGCUCCAGCUGUGGCCAUUACACAUCAUUCGCCAUCAACAAUGGCGUGUGGAUGCAUUUCAACGAUCAUACGGUGAAGGAGGUAAGCAGUACGGCCGUGGCCGAAUGCAAACCGUACAUUCUGUUCUACAUCAAGCGUGAUCCGACGAAUGGCAACCGACCGACGUCAAUGGUGCCGGUUGGUACCGCCGCCACUAAGUCAUCAUCCACCGGUGCAGCCACAUCGUCGUCCUGAGAUUAAGCACUAAACAUUGGGAUGCUUUUGUUUCGUUCUCAAGACUGAUUAUCUCAUUCGUAAUUAUUCCGACUGAAUCAGACGUUCUGGAGGGUUUUGUUGAAUGUGUUGCAUCUGCGCACUCACCCGAAGUGCAACGCGUUUUAAUUUGAGUUAUAAUUAUCGCCCCUUUUUCGGUGUUUACUUGGUACGCGGCGUGUGUUCCAAUGAUCCUGAUAAUGCGUUGGAAUGGAAUGUGAGGAAAACACGCGCCGUGACUUGAUUUUUUGGGGUCGAUUAUUGCAUGGGAACGGGGAAUGCAUGUGAUCAGCCUGUUGUUUAGCAAUAAAAAGAUAAAAUAUUAGCAUUAACAACCGUGGCAGAUUAAUUUGAGCCCCAAAUAGCGAAACAAUGCUAGCUGUGUCCUUCGAUUGUGUCGCCAACCUACGCUUGGUUUGUGGGCUUUCGUUGGCAGCAUGUCAUCUGUGAAGUGCCCGUAAAAUAAGUUCCUUUUUCCUUUCGUUUGUGCACUACUUAUGCCAAUGCUAUUGAUAGCUUCAUAGUGUCGCGCACAAAGCAGAACUAAAUUCGACAGCGUCAUGUUUGGAUAAUCUACAACUUGUACAUAUAAGACCAAAUUGUAUAAAGUUAGAUUUUAGAAUAGUUUAGGAGAUAUGAAAGAUAAACUAGCUACACGAUGCGUCGCAGCAAUGGCCAAGCGAGUUCUUUAGUGAAUCUUCAGGUUUUUCUUUCUUUUUCAUACAUACACACACACAUACACAUUGGUACAUCGAUUCCAACUUGUGAAAGAAGAAUGGUCUCACUGGGUUCUUCGAUUUGGUUUUCUGUGUGAUAAUUUUUGGAUCCGCAUCCGUUUGGAUAACCUCGGAAGCAUGCUUACCGUCUUCAAUUUUCUUCUUUCAUCCUUAUAUAUAUGACCUCACACGGUUUAGUUGAUAAGAUGUCCGAUUGGCAAUGUGAUAAAGCAAUGCAUUUUUGUUUGCGUAAUUAUCUAAAUCUAAUUCUUUAACGUAAUGAGUUUCACACGCCAAAGCGAACGUUGCUGCAUCAUUGAUUGAAUUUCGCUCACUAAACUCGAUUUGCCCUGCCGGUCAUGGGGAUCUAUAACAAAGUAGGCGAGCCAACAAACACGUCGUUGGUUGGUUUGGCGGUCCUUUUCUAGAUUAUUAGAUACACGUAUAUAAAUAUAUCUAUAUAUAAGGUGUAGAUCUAUAUAUGAACAUAUUUUGAAAUGAAUAUUUUCUAAGGUGAUUCUCAAAGAGGCCGCGAGUUUUUGUGAUGUUGUGUUUUGCAUUCAGUUUUAGGCUAUUUUCUAUAUUCUUCUUUUGCAGCUUUACGUCCUAUUUAAGCUACUAUUGUUGCAACAAGAAACAAUCUAUGAGUGAUCCUAACUUUAGCUUAAAAUGCGAUCAUGUGUCAUUUUGCAAACAACUUCGUUUGAUUCGUGAACUGCAUGCAUAACGUUAUUGAUCCUCUUCUAUCUAACUACCGAACAAAAAAAAACACACUAUUCACACAUGUUUAGGAACCGAAGAAAAAAGCGAGACGUCCAGAAAUAGAUCAAACUACAAACUUUGUCCGAAAAAUCUAAUAAUUACGAGAUAAACUGGCGAAAAUGUUUAGCAACAUAGCAACCAAAUAAAACAAAUACUCCUUAUCAUGCAGUUCAAGGCGGUAACAGCAUUAUCAUUACUACGAUAUUAGGAUGGCAUGCAACUGAUGCUGUGGAAUAGUUAGAGCUAUGGGGAAAUACAGUCUCUGGCAAGAUAGUGGUUCGUUUGUAGCAUACGGACGGCGAAGGCAGUACGAAUUUAGCAUAUAAAUGCUAAACUCAAGUCAAGUGUAAGAGGAAAACACUCCAACAAACGUUGAAAGCCACAGAUUCUGCAUAACCUCCAAAUUAAUACAAUAUGGUAUAUGAUUUAAAUUAGCAUUACAACCAUUUGUUUAUUUGCUAGGCUUGAUCUUAGAUAUUAACGCAUCAAUUGAAACACGAACAAACUUCUGUAAUAAAGAGAAUCAAUUAUGAAAA